GACACCUUGCCCCACAGCCCCAGAUGCGUGGAGGGCGGACCCAGGGAUGCCCUGAGAGGGGAUUGUCCCACAAUUCUCAAGGUGGGGGGCCAGGGGGGCCGGGAGACUACUCCCUCCUGGGCUCUGUCUCAGCCAGCAUGCAGGGCCUGGGGAGGAGAGGUAAUGAAGAGCCCCGGCUCCCAGUCCCCACCCCCCACGAGGCCCGUCCUGCUCCCUGGGAUGAGGGUGCCCAGUCACCGAUGACUCAGAGCCUGGGGACUGAGGUGGAAACAGGAUGUGUGCCCAUCGGGGGCACUGGGAGAGGACUUGGCCCACCAGGUCCCUGGUUCUCAGAAGGUCACUGCUCACCUGGGGGGAUGUCACUGGGUUGUCUGGACGUCACCCAGGGGGUCAUAAGGCUCACUCUGAAUGCCAUAGGGGUCAUGGCUCACUUGGGGGUCCACAGGCUAUCCAUUACUGGGCUCAUGGGGAUAUUGAGUUCCUCAGGGGCCUGGGUGGUGAGUCACGGGGUUCUCAGAGCCCCCGGUGCCCCCACUCUAUGAGUGCAGGUCAUUGUGAUCCUUCAGAGUACUGGGUGGAAACAGGAUGUGUGCCCAUCGGGGGCACUGGGAAGGGAUUUGGCCCACUAAGCUUCAUUGGUCCCCCAGCGUACUGGAAGCUGAGAUGAGGCUCUGGUUCAGGACCAGUGCCCGGUGUCCGGCUAGUCCCUCACGUGUAGACAGACAGGAAAGGGUUCAGGUAGACCCCUCCCUCCAGAAUGGACUCCGCCCCCACCGGCUUGCUGGGCAGGACGUCCCAGGCCGGCCGGCCCCACCCUCCGAAGGAGGUGGAGGAGGACCUGCUCCUGCUCCGGAGCACCCAGCACUGCUCGGCGGCCAGCCUAUGGGGAACAGCCAGUGCGUCCCCCAGGCCCCCAGGAGGCUCCGAGCCUCCUUCUCCAGGAAGUCUUCGCUAAAGGGCACCAGAGAGGAUGGUGCGAAGAAGCUGGCGAGCCUGUUUGGCAGCGAAGUUGGCCCCGAUGGGGACUCGGCGGCUGACAAGAUCUUCUACUACAUCCCUGGGACGGACAUCCCGGGCCUGGAGGGUCAGCGAGAAGCCCUGGACCAGCCGUUUCUGAGUGUGUUCAAGAAGGGGCGGCGGAGGGUGCCCGUGAGGAACCUGGGCAAGGUCCUGCACUACGCCAAGGUCCAACUGCAGUUCCAGCACAGCCAGGAACCCAGUGACUGCUACCUGGAGCUGUUCCCCUCCCACCUCUACUUCCAGGCUCACGGUUCUGAUGGACUUACUUUCCAGGGGCUGUUACCUCUGAUGGAGCUGAGCGUGUGUCCAGUGGAGGGGUCUGGAGAGCACGCCUUCCAGAUCACAGGCCCACUGCCCGCCCCUCUCCUCGUCCUCUGCCCCAGCGCUGCUGAGCGUGCCCAGUGGCUGUACCACCUGGAGAAGCAGAUGGCCCUUGCUGGGGGGCUGCGGCGCUGCCACUCGGCGCCCUCCCAGGGCCCCGGGGACGAGCUGCCCUGGACGCUGCAGCGCCGGCUGACUCGGCUGCGGAAGGCGUCAGGACAUGAGUCAAGGGGCCCUGCCAUCUGUGCCUCCAGGGUCAAGCUGCAGCAUCUACCCUCUCAAGAGCUGUGUGACCGCCUGCUGGUCCUGUACCCCACCUCCCUGGUCAUCUUCUCUGAGGAACUAGAUGGGCUCUGCUUCAAGGGGGAGCUGUCACUCAGCGCUGUCCACAUCAACUUGGAGGAGAAAGGGAAGCAGAUCCGCUCUUUCCUGAUUGAAGGCCAUCUGAUCAACACCAUCCGGGUGGUGUGCGCCAGUUACGAGGAUUACGGCCACUGGGUGCUCUGUCUCCGGACCGCCGCCCUUAGGGACAGGGGCCAUGUCCUGCCGGGCCCCGGGCCCAGGGUUCCCAUGCAGGUUGCAGGCGGUGGCCGAGGCUCCCUCUCCUCGGAUGGACGGACCAGUUGGGGCUCCGGGUGCCCAGCACCCCCCUCCACCCGCACCAGUCACUCCCUCCCUGAGUCUACGGUGCCGCCCCCAACAGUCUCCGAGGCCCAGCCUGGACCCGACCAGACUGACCCAGGCUACGCCAGCAUCAGUCACCGGAGAUCUGAACUGAGACGAGGGGGCAGCCACAGGUCAACCAAGAGCACGACCCAGGGAGAGGGGCCUGGCCUGGUCGCCCCACUGCACUUAGACCUGGACCUGACCAAGCUAAGCCGACUGAGCCUGGAGGGGGCAGCGGAGGACUCUCUGGGGCCACCACACUCCCCGCUGUAUGCCGAUCCCUACACCCCGCCCGCCACCUCCCACCACAAGAUCACAGACGUCCGGGGCCUGGACGAGUUUCUCAGUGCCAUGCAGAGCUGCCCCAGGCCAGAGCCAACCGGCGCCUUCUCCGCCGUCCCUGUGUCUGUGCCCGUCUCUGACCCCAGCCCUGGCCACCUGCUGCCCAAGAAGGGAGCCCCGCAGGGUCACACCCCUCAGAGGCACCGAGGCUCCUUCAAGGGCCGGGGGCCAAGGCCCCCAGACUCGCCGCAACUGGUCUCCACUGCGAGGGAAGGACCCCCCGACCCGGUCCUGCUUACCCCAGCCCACUGCUCCCCCCGGAAGAGUACAGGCCCAAGCUCCAACAGCACCGGGAAGGAGGCAGCAGCACCGUCCCGCCAGAAGUGGCCCCGGCCGGGCGCACCCGAGGCCGAGCGGGCCCUGACUCAGUGGAUCUGAUGGCAUCACAGUCCUGGGUCUGUGGACGGCCGUCUCUCAGAGCCACCCACACCAGCCGCCAGACCGGGGCCUGUGCCCAUCUCUCCGGGACUUACAACUGACCAUCUGUUGUCAUUUUUGACCUGUUAAAAUCUGGACCGGGCUUUGAACCUAAAGUCCCUGCCUCUGGGCUCCGGCAGCUGAAGGGUCAGGAGGGGGGCUGGUCCCUGGAGGGCAGACUGUCAGAUGAGCAGGGCCAUCAGGAGGACUCUCAGUCCUGUCCUCAGGCAGGAAUGGGAGAGGGCAGCUGGUUGGGGCCUCCCCGGGGUAGGCAGGGGCAGUCAGAGGGCUGGGGAAGUCAGGUCAGCGAGGGUCAGUGGAUGUGAGGUUAAAGGGUGAAUGUGAGGGGAGGUGAGAAUCAAAGAUCAGCAAGGGGGAAAUAUCCCGAAUGGACGGCUGAGGAGGUGGGGGUCCCAGUUUUGCCUGGGCCUGUGUGAAGGGAGGGGGGGGUAGGACCAUCGGGAGAGACCAGCGCUGCUCA